AUGAGGCCAAUUUUUGCGGCUCCGCUUUUAGCCUUUGUGCUUGUCUUUAAUUACAUUGAACUGAGUUUACAGUCAGGCUCGCAGUCAGGAAUGCAUUCAGACAUAACUCAUGUAACAAUCAAUAGUAAUCCACCAGUUCCACAGCAAAAUCAAAAUAGACAACGAGCUCAACAGCAACAUCCAAAUAGGAAUAGGCAACAUUCUCCACAGGCGGUGUCCGAUGAUUCAACAACUUUGGAGUCACGAGGAGACGCACCGCUAGGAAAUCAUCAAGGACCUAGAUUUAUUGAACAUCGUCAAAAUAAUAUUGUAAUACCACUACCACGACAACCACGAAUUAUUCAUAACAAUAACAAUAACAACAUAAAUAAUAAUAACCAUAAUAAUAAUGUAGUAAUAGGAAGAGGAAUAAUUAAUAAUAAUAGGGGAAGAGGGAUUAAUAAUAAUAAUAAUAAUAAUAAUAAUAAUAAUAAUAGAGGAAGAGGACAAAUUAUCCGUAUACCUGCACGACGACCUGUUGCGGAGGUGUUUAAUCCAAUAGUUGUGGCUCCACUUGCUCGUCCACAUUCUCCAAAUUCUUCAAGUGGUUCCACUUCUGACCCCGAAAACCAAGAUAAUUUCGGUAAAACCAUCGCGCUAGUUGUGAGAAAGUCGCUGCACGUCGGUUUGGUGUGGCGUCCGGUCCAGAUUCAGGGCACUGGUUACCCCGAACUUACGCAGAUCAGCUGUUUCGAAACGUGGGUGCUAUAUUUCCCUAGGCUGCGCAAGCGCGGAAUUGUGCCGCAAGCGCCGCGUUUGCAGAACGGCUCAACUGUACUGUUGAUCAAACGAUUCGGCCUGUUCGGGGUAAUGGUUCUCCCAAAUCAGUGGGGCCGUUCUACUAAACAGAAGUGGCGCUGUUCACUGCGUGAACUCAGUUUAGGGUCGGAGAAAAGUUCUAUAUCAUACACUAGUCCCCCUACAAGUCCUGAAAGAUCUUCAGUUCGAAAUUAUAGAAACAGAUUAAGAUCUGUGACGUCAGAAAAUUCAAUUAAUAGAAAUCAGCCAGUACAACCACAGCGUGGAGGACAUCAAGGACCCCGUAAUCCUGAAGAAGGUGCAGAUAACAAUAAUAAUAACAAUACUAAUAACAAUAAUGCACCGCCAGCUAGACAGGCGCCACGUAAGCGUAGACGUCCUACACCGAGAACCAAUCCAGUACUCGUGCCACAUUCUCCAGUUUCUUCAAAGGGAUCCAACGCAUAUGAUGAAUAUCAGUCUAUAGCUAGUACUUCCAAUCUUCAUGACAGCAACGAUUCUUCAUCAGUAGGAAAUGCUUCUUCUCGUUAA